AUGCCUUCAGAUGUAAUUAAAACAAAUGAAGAUUGGAUUACAAAAAGACUGUUGAUUCUUUUGGGAAAAAGGAAUUUUUGGUGCCUAGUAUGUAACGAAAAGAUUUCUCAUAAUGAAGCGACGCGCCACUAUGAUAACUGUCAUAAAGACAUGAGAGACAAGAUUCGUGAAAUUGUGGCGAGAGCUUACUUACUCAAUCCCAGAAUAACAACCAAAAAGGAAGAACCUCAAAUAAUCGAAGAGGAUAAGAGUAGCAUCAAAGAUGAUGCUAUUAAAUUCAGAGAGUACACGGUCACUAAAAUGAGCAUAGCACAUAUAAGUCACACAAAAAUUACAACAAUUCUUGACAUUUGUGAUACUUAUUUUAAACUCGCAAGAAAGUGGGGGCAACGUUUAGAUCCCAUCUUCACAUGA